AGCCCUGUCGUCUGCUGGCCCGAGCUCGCCGAGACUAUUAUUAUCUCUGAAUAAACCGAUUCGCGGUGGUGGGGGUAAAACUGGCAUGUGAUUUUCUAGAAUUGCGGAGCCCAGGAGAUUUGUUGUAAAGCGAAAAUCAGUUUGGAGAUUAAGGUAACUACUGUAAUCCAGUGGAGUCAAAUCACAGUCCGUGAAAAAAAAAUUCUAUAAAUCCGUAAAAAAUGUAAAUGUAGUAUUUACGAGCUCCAGAGACUUUAUUGUUUUCAAAAAAAUAUCUUAAUGUUGGUUUAUUAGUCAAAUCUUAGAGGAAUAAUUAAUAAAAAAUUCUCAUUUUUGCUAUUGCCAACUGUUGAAAUCGUCGAAAAUAAAGCUUCACGAAUGAAUAUAAAGUUGCUUGCGCGAUUUGGCAACGUUGGAAUAUUCACUAGUUGGUAAUGUCGUUUAACACUUCACGAAUAGCGUUGUCACCGAACGCUCAGUAUUCAAAAAAUGGCGACGCCUGAACCGCGUGUGCGUGAUAAACAAGGCCAAUUCUCGACAAAAAGAAAAGAAAAGUGGAAAGAAAAUUUAGUUGCUGCCUGCAAACGGAGAAAAGUGCAAGAGGAGUUUCCAUAUGAAGUGCCUGAGGGACGUCGUAUCAUUGACAUUGGUGUUUUGGGUUGUGAAAUGUGGUGUCGUGAGUGCAACGUACCACUGUCGUUUCGGUACAUAGCUGAUGAAGCAAAAAUCGGUCUCGCGAGUGUUUUUAAAAUACGAUGCCAUGUAUGUUUGAUUCUUCGAGACGUGCAUACAUCAAAAUGGAUUUUUCGAAGCGAUACCGGUGCCAGACAAUACGUUGUAAACGUAAAAGCUGCUAUCGGUAUACUGGAUGGUGGAAUUGGUGCAACUCACUUGAAUACCAUUCUUUCCGAAUUGAAUGUACCACCCAUUGAUGAUGGUACAAUCAAACGUCAUGAGCGAUACGUGGGGAAAGCGAUUGAGAAGACUGCAAAAGAAAGCUGCAGAAAUGCCUUACGACAGGAAAAAAAAUUAUCCCAAACAGAAUGUUUCGACAAUGCGGAAGAGCAUAAUGAAAGGCAACAUGAUCUGAAAGAAGUUCCACGUUCUCCAACGAAGAUAAAAGUUUCGUUUGAUGUCGGUUGGCAAAAAAAAGGGUCCGGUCGCUCUUACAAUAGCUCCACAGGACACGGAAUUGCAAUUGGGUCUUUGAGCGGCAAGGUUGUGGGAUACGCUACACGAAAUAAACGCUGCGUUCUUUGUCAAAAAGGGCAUAAUCGGACUGAUCACGAUUGUAGAGUGAAUCACUCAGGCAGUUCUAAAUCGAUGGAGCCAAAAAUAGCAGUUGAAAUUAUUACUAAAAAUCCGAUGUUGAAAGAAGAGCGUGUUCAAAUUAGCACAAUUAUUGGGGACGACGAUUCGUCUACUAUUGCCAAUGUACGACGUGAAGCGGAACAUCGCAUCGAAAAAGAAUCGGAUAUAAAUCAUGCGACGUGCACUCUCUCUAAAGAUAUGUGGAGUAUACGAAUUCCCAGUCAAGUCAUCGCUUAUAUGAAAUAUUGUUUCGGUUGCGUAUUAAAAAAAAAUAAGAACAACGUUGAAAAUGUGAGAGCGGGUCUUCUUACAAUUGUCCCGCAUGCUUUUGAUGAUCACGAUAACUGUAGCAGAACAUGGUGCAAGUACAAAGAUGAUCCGGCUAAGUUCAAACACAAGUUGUUACCGGGAGGAAAAGGUCUUACAGAUCCGCAAAUGAAGGCCACGCUAAUAACGAUCUUCAACAAAUUCGUCGCCAAUGCCGAAAAACUCGCACCAUGUGGCUCCACCCAAGCUAACGAAGCUUUUCAUACAAUUGUCGCGAGUAAAGCUCCAAAAUCUCGACAUUACGGAGGAUCUGAAUCGAAUGAUUUUCGUGUUGCUGCUGCCGUUUGCCAGAAAAAUUAUGGAACUGGUUACGUCGUUAAUAUCCACAAGCAACUUGACAUCUCUCCAGGGAAGAAUACUGAAGAAUUUCGAAAAAAAAAAGACGAGAAGCGGAAAGCCAUGAAUGAAUUUUCGAAGACAAUCCCAGCUAAAAGGAGACGACGACAAUUAUUCCAGGCUCGACAGAGAACAAAUAACAGCGCUGAAAAUAAAGAAGGCAUUACUUAUUCAUCUGGAUGCGGGCUGAGCGCAGUCGUUGACGUUGACGAUUGUGUACCUCUACGAAACGAAGUAAUCCCCAAUGGAAGCACCUUUAUAUAUUUUGACCUUGAAACAACGGGCCUCAACAAGUCCUCUGAAAUAAUUCAAAUAUCAGCAAAACGUGGUUCCGAUGAAUUUAAUGAAUAUAUUCUCCCAAGUAACGACAUUUCUCGAGCGGCAUCUAUCAUUACUGGGUUGACUGUUGAAGGUGGUGAAUUGCAUUUACACGGACAGCAAUUAGCGACCGUACCACGAAGAAUUGCAAUGCAGCGAUUUCUAAACUUUUUGAUGCCAGGUCCAGUAAUACUCGUAGCUCAUAAUGGCCAUAGAUUCGACACACCCAAGCUACUUGGAGAAGUACAGAGUCUUGGAUUUUUGUCAGAGCUUCAAAAAAUCGUUUACGGUUUUUGUGAUAGCCUGCCGGCGUUAAGAAAAAAGCUUCCGGAAAGGGUUAAAUUGAAGCAGUCCUUCCAAUUAUCAACUUUGGCCGAAGAUUUAAUAGGGGAAUCUGCUUCUACUGGAUCCCAUAAUGGAGCUGUCGACGUAAGAAUGUUGGAGGAAAUAGUUCGAGUUUCAGGCAUUACUAACGAAGAACUGCGAGCCGAAACAAAAACAAUUAACACCAUUUUUUUUGCUGAGGCGCAAACUGCAAAAAUAAAAUUAAAUAAAAGUAGUUUUGAGUGCAUUACUGAAGGAAUUUCUAUGGGAAUGAAAACAAAAAUGGCUAAAGCUGGGCUGUCAAUCGAGCACUUGAAAAAAUCUUUUUCCGAAGGUGGUGAAGAAGCUAUAAAAGUCCUCUUGGCAUCAGAUGUUUCUGGCUGCCCUCGUGUAACAAAAAAUAAAAAAGUUAUUGAAAAUAUUGCAACACAAAUAAAAAAAUUAUUUGAUAAACCGUAA